AUGCUGCGCCACGUGCUGUGCGUGCUGGCCCUCGCGCUGUGCUGCUGCACCUCUCUGUGCGUGGCUGCGGCUGUUCCUGCGACAAGUUUGCGGCACGGUGCGGCAAGACUGCCAGCUGCGGAUGCGUUGAAGGAAGCGACGGAGGUGAAAGAGAAGGCGAAGACUGUGUUGUCUCUCGCUCGGCACGCAGCAGGUAGUGCCACUGCGGCGGUAAGUAGCGCUGCUGCAACAGCGACGCUCAUUGAGGAGGGCGAGCAGAGGGUCGAGAAGGCUUCUGUGGACGCUGAGAGGGCGGUGGAGUUGUCCGAGGCUGCGGUGGAAUUGGCUACUCGAGCAGCAGCAGCCGGAGAGCCGGCCGCACAGGGCUCGACGGCACAGGAACAGCCAACGAAGGCAGGGGCCGCUAAGGACACAGGGGGUGCAUCAGCAAACGAGUCACGGGAACCGGCAAAGGCCAUGCCUUCUGCGAGCUUGCCAUCUACAUCGAGUGAUGGAGCAGCGGUGGGGGCUGGCGGGCGUGGAGGCCAACCUCCUGCUGCCCCCGGAUCACCAUCAACAGGACCUGCGUUACCUUCACCAGCACCUGUGGGGGUGCUAGGCCCUCAGGCAAAGGUGGAGAGUCAAGUGGCACAGUCGCCGACUGCACAAGCAGGGUCUCGCAGCACUGACACUGCAGCAGAAAGCCACAGUACAGGAACUGGGACUGAGGCGACAGCGACGAGUUCUUUGACGACUGCUGCGAGGAUCCUUGCCGAGAAAUCGUCGAUCCCAGGGAGGUCGCUGCGACACGCCGCGCCGAAGUCACUGGUGGCCGCAGCGUUGGCUUCGGAGGAAGGGGCGGGCCCUGUUGAACCACCCACUUCACCGGGACAGGUGGCAUCGGGGAACAUUGUCGAUAGCAUCCCCGAGGCAGUGAACAAGACCGCCGAUGCGGUUCGGACGGUGAUGGAGGCCGCGAAGAAAUUCACAGCGGCGGUGGGGUCGGCGAGCGAGACAAACUCCAAUGCCAUGGGAGCCAAGAAGAAGGCGGACGAAGCCGCGGCCACAGCUGCAGAGGCCGCGGGCGCAGCCAGGGGGGCGUCGAAGAGGGCUGCGGAGGUGGCGGCGAUCUGCAAGAAUGUCGACGCGAACUGUGCAGAAGCGGUGGCUGAUGCCGCGACAGCAGCUGCGAAGGCCCGUGAGGCGGCCGCCGAAGCUGAGCUUGCCGUGAAGGAGGCCAAGGAUGCUGCGGCAAACGCCAAUAACGCGGCGGAGAAGGCUCUGGAGGCAAAGGGCAUUGCCAAGGCGACUGCGGACAAGGCGACGAGAGCCGGGGAGGACGUUGCUGGUGUGCCGGACUCCCUGAAGAAGGCGGCGGAGUAUGUUGAGGCGGUGAAGAAGGCUGAAGGAACGAGCAGCACGGAGGCAAAGGAGAUAGUGAAAGCUGUUUUGGAAGAUGCACGGCUCGCUAAGAAGUCAGCGGAUAUCGCGAAGGGCGCAAAUGCAGAAAGUGCAGAGGCGGUGAGGCUGAUUAAGGAGGCGCAGAAAUACGCCGAGGCAGCUGCGGAAAAGGCCACGGCUGCAGAGAAGAAGGCAGGGCUUGUGAAGGCACUCGCCGAAGCCGCUGUGAAGGCUGCUGAAGGUGUGGCGCAACACACCCGGACUGCUGCUGCAGCUGCGCCGAGGAGAGCCGAGGAGGCGGCACAGCGUAUUACUGAUGGAGCGGCUGUGGCGUCUCUCAAGAUGAACGGCAGCGUCAUUGCUGCGUGGGUGCGUGCGCCGCUGCUGGUGUUGUUUGUGGGCGCACUGGCCCUUGGUUCUGUGUGA